AUGUCAGACGAAGAUAAUGAGGAUUUACCUUCAAUAUUAUUUAAUGACAAUAGUAAAAAGUCGGGAGACUUUUCUAUGCCCUCUGCUGAUAUAUUGGCAUCACAAAGAGCAAGAGAGCACGAGUGUAUGCAAGAGCUUCAAGAUCUGAGGUCACAAUUUGAGAAACUGGAUUAUAAAGGCCAGUUAGUGAGGCAAGCAAGUAACUCAAGUGGCUCAGAAAGUGAAGCUUCACUAACUACAGCUGUUGAGGCACUGCAUGUAGAGCAAUUUGUGCAGCAUGCUGUGCUUGCUCCAACUCCUAAUACCUUGUUGCACGCCUUGCUUGGUGCCCCUAUACUGCAGGCUUAUGACCUUUCCCUGCUAAACUACUCUGCACUUCUACUAGAAACUAAUGAUAAGGAGCUCAUUUUAAAUACUUUAAAUCAAAUAAUAUUAGAUAUCAGGCAGUGCAUAAAAAGAGGAAAUCAAAGUGAGAACUUGUUACAAGAUGAAGAUACUAUAGUACUAUGUUGUUGGUUGUGUGCAUCUAGUAUGUGGAAUGGCCCUCAGCCUUGUGGCUCAACUGCAGUACUGUCAGAGCUACUAAAGGUGGCAGCACCAGCUGUAGUAGAAACAGUAGCAGGUGCACUGACCACAGCACUGCAAGAACCUCAUGCUCUAGUGGAAGCCAGUGAUGCAGUAUGGGGACAUACUUCAGGACAGAGAUGCCUUGCUGGACGCCUUCUGGCUGCUGCCAUGGAUGCACUAGUGCCUAGUAGUGACUCACUUGCCUCGCCUUCCCUUACCUUAAGUGUGGUAUGUGGACGACUACGGUGUGUGUGGCGUGAGCUAAAUGCAGAGGAACGCCAUGCCGCGCUUAUGGUGGCUGGGCGGGUAGCAGUUCAUGCUGAGCCUGAAAUUAGUGAUCUAAAGGCGCUGCGUGAUUUGUUAGCCCUCUCAAUGCAGGCACCUGCCCUACCUUUUCGACAUUCCCCAGACUAUCUUCGGAUCCAAGUUGCAGCUUCAAGAUUACAGAUACUAUUCGAAGUGAACAACUUACCAACGAUAGACUCUUAA